AUGGACAACAUCGAGAAGGCCUCCCACACGGAGACUACCACGGCACAACCUAUCAAGAAUGUGGACGGGAAGCAGGCCGAUCAAGCCGCUCUCUUUCUUGCCCAAGCAGGAGUCGAGACCACACUUACUGCGGCGCAAGAGAAACGUCUCAAGAGGAAGAUUGACUGGAUUUUGAUCCCCAUGCUCUUCCUGACUGCUACAUUUGGUGCCGUCGACAAGGUCGCUCUUAGCACGGCGGCCAUCUACGGGCUACGCGAUGACGCCAACCUUCACGGCCAACAAUACUCGUGGCUUGGGUCGAUCUUGAGUUUGGGCGCCUUGGUCGGUAUGCUACCAUCCUCGGCCUUGCUACACAAACUCCCUUCCGCCAAGUACCUCUGUACAUGUUCCAUGGGCUGGUCUGCGAUGGCCCUUGUCAUGCCCGCCUGCAAGAGUUGGAGCAGCAUGAUGGCGGUCCGCUUCCUGAUGGGCAUGUUUGAGGCCAUUAUCGUCCCCGGCAUUUCCUUGAUGGUUGCAGGCUGGUAUAAGAAAGACGAGCAGCCUCCAAGAAAUGCUCUGGUGUUUGCGAACGCUAGUUCGGUGGUGAAUGGCUUUCUCUCCUGGGCCAUUGGGCAUAUUCCCGACAGCGCGCCUCUUUCAAAGUGGCAGUACUUGUACCUCCUGAUUGGAUCCAUCACCAUGCUCUGGUCGAUAUUCGUCUUUAUCUACCUCCCUGCCACUCCGAUGGAAGCCAAGUUUUUGAACAAAGACGAGAAAGUCUUUUGGGUCGAGAGACUCGCCGAGAACAACACGGGCAUCGAAAACAAAGUCUGGAAAUGGGACCAGGCUCUGGAGGCAGUCAUGGACCUCAAAACAUGGCUCAUCUUCUUCUUCAAUAUUGCCAUUAACAUUCCAAACGGUGGCCUUACAACAUUCAGUGGUAUCAUCAUUGCAAACCUGGGUUUCACGGCAGUCAAUGCGUCUCUGCUCUCCAUGCCCACUGGAGUUUGUUCAACCCUUGCAUCAUUUACCUUUUCAAUGGCAGCUGCGAAGUUCCAUAACCGCCGUUGCUUGGUCAACAUUGUGGCCUGCUGCGUCCCAAUCAUUGGCACUGGAAUUCUCUAUGGUGUUCCUCGCACUGCUGUGGGCGCGCAACUCGUCGGGCUGUACUUCGUGUACACCUAUUUCGGUCCUUAUGCAGUGGGCAUCUCUCUCGCGCAGGCGAACACAGCUGGGCACACCAAGAAAAGCCUUUCUUUCGCCAUUCUGUACAUUGCUUAUGCUGUGGGCAAUCUGAUAGGUCCUCAAACAUUCCGAGCGAAUCAAGCUCCAGCUUACACCGGUGGAGUUGUAGCAAUGUUGGUCUGCUAUUGCGUCUGCAUCGCCUUGAUGGUCGCUUACUGGAUCUUCUGCAUCUCUCUCAACAGGCGACGAGCCGUGACAGAACAGCUGCCGGCUAGCGAAGAGGAUCUGGUGGAAGCUUUCCAAGACCUGAGUGACUUCAAGAAGCCGAACUUCCGGUACACUACGUAG